UAUGGCUCAUCCCCCACUAGAAUUCAGAUAUCCAGAUAUUGUAUAUUAUCUCAUCAACACGGUUGAUCACCCAUUACCAGCUAAUAGUUGUUAUAUCUGUAUUUCUACAGGAGUUAUGUCUGGGCUUCUUCGUUAUAUCCUAUUUUUUAUAGUAACCUCGAUUGGGCAACCAUACAAAGUUGGUCUCUUGUUGAACUCCGAAGAGCAGGAUGAGUCCAAUGCCAUCAAAAGCCUCGCCCAAUACACCAUCUCAAAACAAAACAAAUCCAACACCAAACUGCAACUGGUAGAACGAUACCAUGACUCGAUAUACCUGAACCUCAUGAACAGUGUUUGUGAACUUAUUGAUGAAAAUGUUGUGGCUAUCAUAUCUGGGUCCGAUUCAACUUUAACGGCGAUUCAGGUGAAUUUGGCAAGUCAGUUUCAUGUUCCACUUGUUGCUGCGGUGGCUACGAAUCCUUUUCUCAAAUCUCCCUCUAAGGAAAACUUUGAACUGGCACUUUCACCAUCAGACGUAUAUCAGAGUCAAGCUAUAUUCGACUUGUUGAAGGAGUACAAUUGGUACCAAUUCUCAAUUCUGGCAUCGGCAGACGAUUACGGGAUUAACAGCAUCGUGAACUUGCAAUAUCUGGCUUCACAAGAUGACAACUUCAGCAUUAGGGACAUCCAACAUUUUGAUGUAAGAAAGGAUCUGUCAGAUUCAGAAAAUUCUUCUUUCUUUGAAAAAGAGCUUCAACUGAUCAAAGAUUCGAUAGCCAAGGUUAUUGUCCUAAACUGUGAUGGAAAGUUCGCAAAAAUUAUAUUUAGGGAAGCCGAAAGAAAGGGCUUGAUGGAGGAAUCAUUUGUCUGGAUAACGACAGAUGCGAUCACAUCUAAACCAGAAACAAUGGCCUAUGAUGACUUGUCCUACCCUUCCUUCUAUCAAGGAUUGAUAGGAACGCUGCCUCACUAUGGAAAAGGUUCCACACAAUACAACGAUCUGGCAAAUGCAUACAUUAUGAGUGGUGGUAGAUCCUCGGAUUUGCGCAUGUCAUCGGUGAAAGUUUCUAUGGGUCUAGAAAUCGUCCAUUCCUCUCUAAAAGAGCUUGAUGAAGGUGAAUGGGACAACUCUCCGUCUGUUAGCUGUAAAUCACCUUCUUACUGGGUUGGUGGUGAAGAACUCUUCAGCAAGAUUGAUGAGAAUUUCCAAAACGGAGCAUAUGACAACUCUGGGGUGGUCAUUCCGACGUAUGACAUAUUGAACUUCCAAGAAAAGGGCUUUGAGAAGAUUGGGAAAUGGGAAAAUUCCAGUGGUCUUGUUAACCUUGGUAAAGACGAAACAGUAUCACGUUGGGUUGACAGACAAGAUGUUCUAUUUAGUGGCGGUAAGUACUCACCUCCCAGUGGAAUAGGGAACAUGCUCACUGGCUAUCACCUUCGAAUCGGCAUAGUUCCAGAACCACCGAUUGCGUUUUUCGACGAGAAAUGUGGUAAUAAUUCUAGUCCUGACUGCUGGUACGGCUGGAAUCCUGAUAUCUUCCAAAAACUUCAGGAAGACCUAAACUUCACGUACGAAUAUGUUCAGCCGGCAGAUAAUAAAUUUGGUGGCUGGAACAAGGAAACAAAAGAAUGGAAUGGAAUGAUUAGAGACAUUCUGGACAGAAAAACAGACUUGACCAUAGCUGUGUCAAUAAAUACUGAGCGGUCAAAAUACAUUGACUACACUGCUUCUUUCUAUGAGGAUCAGGCUGCGUUCAUUGUUCAUACUAAGACUUCCAAAAGUUCAUCGAACAUGUUCUUUUUCCUGGAACCCUUCGAGUUAUCAGUGUGGAUAAGUAUCAUUGGCCUAAUCCUGGUGAUCGCUCUUUUAACCACAUUUUUCAGUAAGUUCUCUCCUUUCGGAAAAUAUGGCAGGACUAUCCACGCUAUGCAGAGUUGUCCAUGUGCCAAAUGUGUGCUAAGGAGAGAAAUAAAAGUGGCUGAGAAGUGUAGGUUUGUUGACACGAAGAAAUAUAGUUGUUUGGUGGAAAAAGUGGAGAAGGACGAUGAGAUGAACGAGCUCUCUUACUACAACUCAACAUGGCUUAUUGGAACAGGUUUUGUUCUGCAGGGGACUGACACACUUCCUACUGCACCGUCUGGACGCUUCCUUCUUUUCAUGUGGUGGCUCUUCAUCAUGAUUCUCACCUCAAUGUACACGGCAAAUCUAACUGCCCAUCUGACGCUGGAUCGUUCUACCGCAACAAUUACCAAACUAAACGAUCUGUUGAACCAGGGAGACUAUAAGUGGGGACUUAUAAAUGAUCGCAAUCUUCAGACCAUGAUGUCUGAUCAUGAGGAUAACACAUACAAUAAAAUUGUGACCAGUGGAGUCGGAUUGGAAAAUCUAGAUGAAGGCAUUGCAAGAGUUAAAAAAGGUGGUUUUGUCUUCAUUGAUGACAGCUCUGUGCUUACUUUCAAUUUCAGGGGAGACUGUCAAGCUGCACUUACGAAAACAGGCAAGUUCAACAACCAGUGGGCAUUUGGAACACAAGUAAAUUCACCAUAUUCAGCACUCAUCAACAGCAUGUUCCUACAAUACCGUGAGAAAGGUUGGUUUACCACCAAAUUUGACGAAUGGUAUAACUCCGCUGAUGAGAACAUAUCGACUUGUUCUUCUUCGGUUGGCAGUGAUGCUAAAUUUGGUAUCCCCAUUUUAGCGGGACUGUUCCUUAUUUUAGGUGUUGGAGCUGUAAUAGCUUUUGUCACGGUGUUAUUUGAAAUACUGUACGUUUCCCGCUUAGACAGUAUAAAAAUGAGGAAGAGUAUCUGGCAAUGUUGGUUAUCAGUCGAACGUGGGGUGAAAAUAGAGUGGGAUCUUGAGUCGACACCUUUAGAAGUAAAAACUAAUAGUGUGCAGGGGGAUGGCGAUAGGGUGUAUGUGUCGUUCGACUCUGCUGGGGGAGAGAAUGUAGGAGCAGGAGCAGUCUGGCUCUACUUCGCCGGCUCUACUCCACAAUACUAUCUCAACUGGUGCAGCAUGUCCUACACUAUCCUCCCUGUUAAUCCCCCCUCUGCUUCUGACAAUGUGUGGCGUAUCACUCUAACCAGAACUGCAGGUGUUAGAGUAGUGAUACACUGUAACGACGUGGAGGUGCUCAACAAACUGCUCUCUCAAGCAACGUGUAGUGACAGUAAGUGGAGCACGUACUGGAACAGAGACGUGACAAAAAUAGAGUUCUUAAACGCCGACACAGCAUCUGAUUACUACCGACCACAACCAGCUGAGUGUCCAGCUGGAAGCUACAAGAACAAAGAUAUGACAAGAUGUGACACAUGUGACGCAGGACGGACAUCAAACACUGACAAAACUGCCUGUGUGAGCUGCACGGGACUGAAAGAUGAGUGGUCAACUACGAUCAGAACAACAACACAGUUCCCAGUAAUCCCAGGAACUGUGGUGGAAGUGACAUGCUCGGACUCUGGAGCUCUCAAUAAAGGGAGCAGCGAGGUGACCUGCAACUCAGGAACGGAAUUUAUUUUCCAAUUUAAAGAACCCGAGUGUCUACAUCCAGGUUCAUUUGAAAAAGCAAAAUAG